AUGGCUCAGCCAAAAGAGCCAGCCAACACAUUGGCGCCAUUCACAUAUUCCACAUUUCCAUUGGGUUCCAUCAAAGCCACUGGCUGGCUUGAAGACCAACUCGUCUUAGAAGCCAAUGGACUCGCUGGCCACCUGUUCGACUUUUACCGCUACGUUGCGAACUCAUCCUGGGUGGGCGGGACGUACGAAUAUAGCGAGCUACAUGAAUCUGCGCCGUACUGGUUCAAUUAUAUUGUCCCCCUAGCGUUUACCCUUGAUGAUCCAAGGUUGAAAAAUCAGGCCCAGCAGUUUCUGGACUAUGUAAUUGAUCACCAAGCAGCCGAUGGAUGGUUGGGGCCGGAGACUACACGGCAGACGCGAGGGAUAUGGGCGCGAAGCUUGCUAUGUUUUGCGUUGAUGCAAUACGCCGAAGCCGAUACAUCCCAGACAGAUCGUAUCGUAACUGCGAUGCACAAGUUUUCCACACUGGCAAAUUCCAUGCUGAAGAACAAUUUCACCGGUUUGAUUCAACAAAAGUCCGAGAAAGACAACUUUGAUCCAUACGGAUUCGGGCUUUCUAGAACACAUGAGCUCCCUUUGGCACUGCAGUGGCUUUACGAGAACCAUCCUCGAAAUAACUCCGAGGUGAUAUGGGAGACUAUGGAUCUCAUGUUUGCUGGUGGACGACAGGGUAGCCGUGAUUGGACAACAUUUUUCGUCGAAGGGGUGUUUCAUACUAUCGGGACGCCGUAUAUCAAGACCAGUGGAUUCACUCAUGGUGUCAACCUAGCUGAAGGGCUCCGAUAUCCGACUGUGCUAUAUCGCAUGACCGGCAAUGAAUCAUUACUGCAACAGACAGCAGACGCUGUCAAUUGGACUUAUCUGUAUCAAUCGACAAGAGCAGGGAGCAUUACUGCAGAUGAACAUCUCGGUGGAUUGAGUCCCCAACGAGGAUCAGAAACAUGCAUGGCAGUGGAAAUUAUGUUCUCGAUGAGCUACCUCUUCCGGUUCCAUGGUGUCAACGAUUUCGCAGACAAGGCAGAACGAGCUGCAUUCAAUGCCUUGCCAGCGGCAUUGUCUCCCGACUGGUGGGCGCACCAAUACGUGCAACAGACCAAUCAACCCUGGUCUCGGAAUUUAACAGCAAAGCCAUAUUUCAACGUCGUACCUUACGGCAACACUUUCGGUCUAGAGCCUAAUUUCCCUUGCUGCACUGUGAAUCAUGGUCAGGGAUAUCCUAAGUACGUGGCAGCUUCGUAUGUGCGCGAAGAGGAAGACCAUGUCAUACAUGCCCUACUGGGACCUACUACUUUGCACACUAAGGUCAAUGGUAAGAAUGUCCUCAUAUCGUGUAAAACUAACUACCCCUUCUCGGGGAAGUUAGUCUAUGCGAUCACGUCAGCCACAGACAUGAAAUUCUCCAUUCGAAUCCCUACCUGGACAAACAGUACGGGACAGAAUACCUACUCAAUAGAUGGCGCAAAGGCAAAGCCUCUCGCACAAGAGUCUGCAGGACUUCAAACACUCCCUAUUCAAAAAGGAGAAACCCACCUAGAAAUCAACCUCGAGAUGUCAGUUCAAAUCACGGAGCCUCGCAACGGAUCCGUAGCAAUCCACUACGGGCCCUUACUCUACGCCCUGGACAUCGAAUACGCCAACCUAUCAAACCACACCCCCCUCAACUGGACAGACCGUACUCCACUCCCAGAUGGUCAGAUAUUACCAGAAACUCGCGACUGGAUUCUAGAUCCAACUUCGGAAUGGCGGUACGCUAUCGAUCCCGCAUCUGUGACGGUUGAGAAGUUGCAUGACCCGGAUCAAGAUCUUCAAAAUCCAAUUUGGGCACGCGACGCGGCACCUAUCGCCCUUUGGGUAGAUGGGUGGUUGAUCGAUUGGGAGGAGCAGACUGGGACAGCCGCUAUUCCACCCCAGUAUCCCGUUGUUACUGGUGAACCGACUAGGAUCAGGCUAGUUCCGUAUGGGGCUGCUAAGUUGCGUAUUGCGGACUUUCCCGUUGCCCAACGAGCAGCCGUGAUGUAA